AAAAUUAAAGCUCAUUAUAAUUAAAAUGUACUUUUUAGCUAUUUAAAAUGUGUAAAAUAUUUAAAAAAAGAGCAAUAAUUUGCGUUUUGCUGCGCUUGAAGAAGUAGUAGCUGUUUAUAUUCUCGACAAACUCUAUUGCUUCGGGAAAUCCUAAAUCACUUUGGCGAAAGUCGAAAAAUCAGCCGCAGUCCCAAAUGACUUUGAAUUGCACUCGCAAAUGAUGUAUGUUGCGUGUGGCAUGUAACUGCAUUGCGCACUUUUAUCUGUGACACGCGCAGGAUCACGGUGUCAUUGUUAACGCACGCUGUAAAUGUUACGGGGCAGGGCUCGUUUAAGGAGAGCAUUUUCCUGGGUGUGGUUGCACCCCGCGAGUCGCUGUUGUCCAGGUGGGGCACGACAGCAUGCCCGUAUUCCUAUAAAUUGCACCAUGCACGUUGAUGGCAGUCAUUAAUGCGGAUCUAAACGCAUGUGUCGAUAGUCAUAGUCGAGACCUAGACGACGGAGUACCUCCUCAAGACUCGCCGCGAUGAUCGGAUACCUCAUCCUCUUACUCGCUAUAUCCAGCGUCAUUCAGGCAGCUCCACAGUGGUAUGGGCAUCAUGCUUCUUCAGCACCACUGGGUUCUGAUGGUCGCGUGGUUGACACACCAGAAGUCGCACAAUUAAAAGUUGCCCACUUGAACGCUCUGGCGGAGGCUAAUGCGCGGGCACCUAAGGGACCAGGGCCAAAUGCUUACGGACUUGAUGGGUCAUAUGCCCCGUCGUAUACCCCAUCAUAUGCCUCUGGGAAUUACAUCUCGCGUUACAGCGGACCACCGGCUCCGUUGGGUCCGGAUGGACGCGUAGUCGACACACCCGAGGUUCAGCAAGCCAAGGCCGUUCAUUUCUCUCUCUACAAUGCGGAAGCGCGGCGCGUGCCGGCUGGUCCAGCUGAUCCAAUCUCCUCCGGCGCCUACGAUCCGUCCUGGAACAGCGGCGCCUACAACCCCGCCUGGAACGGCCCGGUUCACAAUUACUAUUAAAAGCGAACGCCGUUCGCGGGGAGACGACCGGAUCAAGACGACCCGAAACACGCACUUCCGCUGGUCCGAUGGACGCCGUUGCUCCAGAGCGAUCGAUGGAUCGGUCGAUCAUGCUGGACCACUCGCACAAUCCUCGGGAUCCUCCUCAGCUACCUCAGAAUUCGAAAACUAGAAUAUAUUGACUACCUCCCCGAUCACGAGUGAGCGAGCGGUGCCCUCUCGCUGAUAUAUCCCUCAGUGAACUUUCUGUCUGUCAAUGCUGCAUUUCAUGCGUUUCCUAUCGUCACGCGUGAGUACUUGUAUCCGGUGUAUGCGGUGGAAGAAAUAUAUACAUAUAUGUACACGAGA